ACAUGGCAGGCCGUGUGUUUUGACAGUUGUCCACAAUCUGUUUAUUAAUUUGUUUCGACCCAAGUUCCACAAAAUUUUCAAGUUGUGUACUAAAUGAUACAAAAAAAUUACAAAAGUUAUGCAACGUCAAAUAGAAUCACAGAAUGCAUUUCUCGAUUCCCGAUACGCAAUUAUUUAACUCGAAUGGAUCGUCGUACAUGGGCUUUAACAUUCAUGUGAACGGUGCCUUUCAUUGUAUAUUAAGAUUUAGACAGCUCCAUUAUCUGCAUGAUCAGUUACGAAAAGCAUAUCCAAAUAGGCUGCCAAUAUUUCCCCCAAAAAAGCUAUUACCACUAUCGUUGACACAGUUGGAGGAUAGACGAACACAACUUGAAAGAUAUCUGCAAUUAGUUGGACAAGACCCUAUCGUUUCCAAAGGGUAUCUCCUAAAUAAUUUUUUGCUGACCGCGCAACAUGAAUUGGCUGCUGAGAAAUCUCGUGAGAUCAGCUUGGAUAUAUAUCUUCCACAUGGUGUUAGAAGGGUUGUCCAAGUUACGUCUACGUGGUCAGCACCAGCAGUCUUAAAUAAAGUUUGCGAAGAUCUGGGACUUCAAAAAGAGUUUGUGGAUAAUUUUAGCUUAUAUCUUGCCAGGAUUUUGAAGGAUGGAGAACUUGAGCUAGUUAGAAGACUGCAGGCCUUUGAGGCUCCGCAUUUAUCUUUAAGACAGGUUCACAAAGACUGUAAUGUGCAUUUAAGGAGAUCAUAUUGGGAUGCUGUAUUAGAUGAUAGGAUUUUAUCUUCAAAUGUAGCUCUAGGUUUGCUAUACGUUCAAGCAGUGGGGGAUGUUGAACGUGGGUGGAUCACCUGUAAAGAUACGGCUACUUUAACUCAUCUCGAGGAGUUGCAAAAUGGCGGAUUUACUAAAGAGUACCUGCAUAAAGUAAGGGAUUUACCUACAUACGGCAGCCUACGAUUUCUACCCUGUGCCUGUGAUUAUCCGGAACCUGGAAAUAUUUCCACGGCCACGUUUUCUCCUCGAACUAUAACAAUAGUUUCUAAUACAAAGUCAGUUAUCCGCAAGAAGAAUGGCGAAAGGAAAUGUGAGACAUCAAUUUUCCCAGUGACCAGAAUCAGGUGUUGGAGGUUGACGUCGGUGCAUAUAAAUGAUGACGACCUAUCAGCAUCAAGUUCAAACGACGAGUUAACUCCUGGUGAUUCCUCGACUUCGAAAACUUACACCCCUCGCAAUCUAUUUCCACCAGACUAGAUUUCUCAUUCGAGUUCCUAGUAUCGAAGGAUAACUUGAAAUGGAUUACAUUAUCAAGUGACCAAGCUGCCCUGAUGUCAUCCAGCUUACAGUCCAUUGUAGAUGAAUUAGUUGUAAAACGAGUGAAUAAGG